AUGUCACUCUCCAAAGGUCUAAAGAGGAAAGUUGACGGUGAAAACAGGGCAUUUAAAGAGGAAUGGACAGCGAACUAUGCGUUCAUCCUACCUGGUUUCAUCAAUGCAAAGCCGUUGUGUCUUAUCUGCAAUGAAGUUGUGGCUGCUUGCAAAGAAUAUAAUAUUAAGCGGCACCACGAGACGAAGCAUGACACCUUCAAAGUGGCCUUUCCCCCCAAGACAGAGGCACGAAAGCGCAAUAUUGAAGCACUGACAGCAGGUUAUGCGCACAGCAGCAGGAUCCUGGUGCGAGGCCUCACAGCCCAGCAGAAAGUGACAACCGCGUCCCUAAAGGCGUCGUGGGUGCUCGCAAAGCAUAACCGGCCAUUCACUGACGCAGAGGUUUUCAAGGAGGUGAUGGUGACUGUUUUGGAGGAACUGGCCACCGACAAGUCCAUGGAUGGUGUCAUUGCAUCAGUGAAACAAGUGUCCCUCUCUGCGAGGUCCGCUAUACGCCGCAUAGAAGCACUGUCGGACGCUGUGCAGGGGGUAAUCAUCAAGGGUCUCAGUCAAGCCAAUUACUUUUCCUUAGCCAUUGACGAGAGCACUGACAGUACAGAUGUAGCCCAGUUGUGCGUCUAUGUUAGAUAUUUUGAUGGAAAGGAGUUCAGGGAAGAGCUGCUGUCUCUUAUUCCAUUAGAAGGGCACACCACUGGGGACGUUAUAUUUACAAAACUGCAAGAGUUGUUUAGGCUGCAUUCAUUGUCAUUUGAGAGGGUUAACCUAAUCGUGACAGACGGGGCUCCUGCUAUGGUGGGAAAGCACAGAGGUCUGGUAAGCAGGUUGAAGGAGCACGCCCCCCAAAUGCAUGGACUGCACUAUCUCAUCCACCAGAGUGUCCUUUGCGCCAAACUCAGUGGUGAGCUAAAGGAAGUUAUGGACAAAGUGAUGCGUGUCAUUAAUUUUGUCAGGGGUACAUCAAGCACCCAGCAUCGGCUUUUCCGACAACUUGUGGCUGAGUCAGAAGAGGCCACCCACGAUGACCUGCUGCUUCACAAUGACGUGCGCUGGUUGAGCAAAGGGAAAGCGUUGGACCGCUUCUGUGCGCUACUGGAUGAGGUCAAGGCGUUUCUUAGAUUGAGCAAGAUUAGGGCAGCAGCUGACCACCUUGCCCUUCUGGGAGACGAAAAGUUCAUGUCCAAUGUAGCAUUUUUAGCGGAUAUAUUUGGCCACCUAAACCAGCUUAACCUGCAGCUACAGGGGAGAGGCAAAACCAUAGUGGACAUGGUUGAAAAGCUUGAAUCCUUCACGAGGAAGCUGGAGUUGUUCGAGUCAGACAUAUCCACUGGCAGGCUCCUCCAUUUCAGUACACUAAAAUCACAGGCACUGGGACAAGUGACAGAGCUUAUGGUGGACUUCAUCAAGCAGCUACGGGCCAACUUCACGUCAAGGUUUGAGGACUACUCCAUCCCAAAAGACAUCAUUGCCUUUGUACGCGAUCCUCUCACAGUCCGACCAAGUGGAGACUUCACCUCCCAGGCGAAACAAAUGAUCCCCUCCUUAGACGAGGCUGCAUUAGAAAUGGAGCUAAUUGAUUUUCAAACAAGCUCCCUGGUCAGCGAUGCGCUCAGAAGUGCGGAGUCUGUGAGUGCCUUUUGGGUGGGAAGCUCAGAGGAAUAUAGCACGAUCAAGAGACUCACAUUUUAUGUGCUCACAAUGUUCCCUUCCACCUAUACAUGCGAGUCGUCCUUUUCUUCAAUGAAUGCGAUAAAGACGCACGAGAGGAAUCGAUUGACGCAUAAAAACCUUGAGAACUGCCUGCGGAUUAAAGUGACGUCCAUAUCACCAGAUAUCCAAAAAAUAGCGACCGAUGGGAGAUGUCAGUUUUCACAUUAA